GUGACAAAGGCAAUCAAAACAGGAACAAAAUGGCUGCCACGGGGGACGAGGCCGCUGCCAUGGACAGCAUCUCCAGAGCACCGUCGGUUCCUUUGGCCGCGACGAAUCCGCCUCCAAGUAGUAGCGGCCCCGCAGAGGGUCCGGAGGAUCCAGCGGAAAGCCUGGGGGCUGCUUCUAAGAAACCUGGCACAAACAGUGAUGGUGGUGUGGAGACAGCAGAGGAGGCAGUGGAGCCUGCAGAGCCCGAUAUCAACGAGCUGUGCACUGACAUGUUUGAAAAGAUGUCCAUCUUCCUGCAAGGAGAACUAACAGCCACCUGUGAAGAUUACCGUCUGUUGGAGAACAUGAACAAGCUUACUAGUCUGAAGUACAUGGAAAUGAAGGACAUCAGUAUCAACAUCAGCCGCAACCUGCAAGAUCUUAACAACAAGUAUGCUAGCCUACAGCCCUACUUGGACCAGAUAAAUCAGAUCGAGGAGCAAGUAUCUUCACUUGAACAAGCUGCUUACAAACUAGACGCAUACUCCAAGAAACUAGAGGCAAGAUUCAAAAAACUGGAAAAGCGUUGAGAGGAUGAGAAGGCAGACGGAGAGCUAUUGUGCCUUCUCACUUUCUUUCACCCUGCCUUGGUUUCUGCUUUCCGUGCCAGUGGAGCCAUGAGCUGUGGGGAGGAUGUGAACUGAGACUGAAACAACAAACAAUCGGAGCCCAUUUGACACCUAGAGAGGACCGAGGAGGAAGCAGCUGAAUGCACAUGAAUUUGAACUGUAGUGUUUGGCUUAGAUUAAACUCCCGUACCACCGAUUAUGACGGCUGUCAUUCAGCCAAGGUGUGCAGCGUAUGCACACAUCCUUCUGCGGCUGUGUGUUUUGUAGAAUCAAUCUGCCUAUUUGCUAGCAUAUCCCAACUGUUUUUCCUGGUACCUGGAAUCAGGAUAAACAUAUUUACUACUAAUAAAACGGCACCUCCAUGGAUUGGCUGGUGCUGGUUUUCACUGGAGUGUAUAGUAACCGUCCUGUCAUGUGUAGUUACUUAAUUGCUGAAAGAUAUCCCAGACACGGGGGCAGCUGACAAUGUUGGUCUCCACAGAGAGAGUUUUAAGUUUGCAAUAUCAAAAGAAGGACAUUUGAUAUGAAUGACGUCUACCUGCAGAUAUGAAUACUGAAAACGUGCCGUUUUUAAAUAAAACCACGAUGUGCAUAUUA